AUGCGUGAUCAUAACACGAUAAUAAUCUUAUUGUUGUUAUUAGCCGCUUUGCUUGAUGCUAUCGAAAGGUUCCCGCUGAGAAGAAAACGUGAUAUUCGAGUUCUACGCAGUACUGACUACAAAACCAAAGUAAUCGCUGAAUAUGUACGACAAAAGUAUAGCCACUGCAAGGCAGAGAAGACAGAGCUGUCGAAAGGAUUCUCGAUAACACUCAGUAAUUAUGGAGAUACACAAUAUGCUGGACCGAUCACGAUUGGUACCCCGCCACAGCAAUUUCAGGUACUAUUCGACACAGGCUCGUCGAAUUUAUGGGUACCAUGCUCGGAUUGUUCAAUAUUCGACAGUGCAUGCCAG